GCCACGGUCCUGGCAGUUCUGCCAGUACGAGGCGAACCUCCGUGCAGGUCGGACCAGUGUCGGGAUUGUGACGUAGUCGUGUUGUUGGUCGGAGCGGAGCUCACGCACACUUUUUUGGGGGGACCCAGGCUCUUCUCUUUUAUAAAUUAAAGCACUCGGCAAGUUUUCUUUCAAGCAAAGCGUGGAUGUCCCCCCCCCCCUCCAAACUCUUGAAAUAGACGCUUUUACCUUACCACACACAUUUGGAUUUCUUUUUUUCCCCCCCUUCCGUACCUCUUUGAAUUCUCAAAUUGAGAAUUGAAGCAUUGGUGGAUUUACAAACCGUCUGCAAGGAUUGUGAUGUGCACCGACUGGACUUGAGAAACGUUUAUGAGCGUCAAGAUGAGGAGUCCGGCGGCAUAUUUUUAGCCUAUAAAGCGGCUUGCAUUUUUGUUUUUUGACCCCCCGCAAAAAAAAAAAAAAAAACACCAUCCUGAAUGUGUAUUUUAGUUCUAUCGUGUGUUGCAUGAGGCGUCGGGGAAAGGUAAUGGGAGAGGGUGCACACGCAACAAGGGAGCGUUGUUCGAAACUGAGACAAUUAAGGAACGAGAACAGAAUCACGGCUGGCUUGUGAUUCAUUUGACAACAGUGGAUUCGCUCGAGUUUGAUGUACGUCCUGGACUCAAAGCCAUUUUUAUAUAUGUGCGCGCUAAGGGCACAGUAGUGUGAAAGUCAUGGGGUUGGUGCAGAAAUAGUCCAGAAAGUUUAGUUUUUUUAAUGAUUAUAAUAUACUUUUAAUAUAUCCAUUUAAUUCAACGCAUCCUGGGCCCAUGAGGUUCUGACUCCCCUCCAAUUUGGGAAGUCGUUUUUUUUUGGGAUUUUUUUUUUCUUUCUUUUGACACCACCACUUGUGGACCGAAUUUGGAGAUGGCGCGUCCGUGGAGUGUGAAUGGAUUGUGGUUCCUGCUGGCAUUUCUACUGGAUUUACUGGGAACCACGGCCAGCAACAUGGAGCCCAUCUAUUGGAAUUCUCUCAACGAGAGGUUCCGAGACGAUAAGGGCUACGUCCUCUACCCUCAGAUCGGGGACCGGCUGGACCUGAUCUGCCCUCCACUGGACACGGCCCGUUCCACGCCGGAGUACGAGUUCUACAAACUGUACCUGGUGUCGUCGCGGGAGCAGGCGGACCGCUGCGAGGUGACAGGGCCGCCCAACAUCGUGCUGACGUGCGACGAGCCCGUGCGGGAGCGCCGCUUCACCAUCAAGUUCCAGGAGUUCUCGCCCAACCUGUGGGGCCACGAGUUCAAGAGCAUGCACGACUACUACAUCAUCGCUACAUCAGAUGGGACCCGCCAAGGUCUGGACAGCAUGAGGGGAGGCGUUUGUGCCACGCAGGGCAUGAAGGUGGUCCUGAAAGUGGGGCAGAGUCCAUACGGGCUGCCUCCCAAGAAGGAGCCAGCGGGACGCUCCACCAACCGGAACUCAGGGAACUCGACCCACUCGAGAGGACCCAACACCUUUGGGGGCGCCGAAGGCGGCGGGGAGAACGGUCCGCUGCAGCCGUCCAACAUCGCCCUGAUCGCGGGCGCGGCCGGGGGCUCGGCUUUCCUGCUGCUGGUCACCGCCGUCAUCUGCGUGGUGUGCUACAGGCGGCGGCACGCCAAGCACUCGGACACCCACCACCCGCCGUUGUCGCUGUCGUCGCUCACCAGCCCCAAGCGAGGCGUCGGCGCCGGGGGCAUGGGCAGCUCCAACAACAACGGCUCCGAGCCCAGCGACAUCAUCAUCCCUUUGAGGACGUCGGACUCCGCCUACUGCCCGCAUUACGAGAAGGUGAGCGGCGACUACGGACACCCCGUCUACAUUGUGCAGGAAAUGCCACCGCAGAGCCCGGCCAACAUCUACUACAAAGUAUGAGAACUGAACUCUCCGGCCCGAGACCCCCCAGAAUCACUCCGCGCCCCACCUGAGCAAGGCCCAACGCCCCCCCCCCCCCUCACCCUCCUCUCACCUUCUUACCCGCCACCAUCCAACCAUAACCAAACCCCAGCACCACACUUAACGUGUGUCCGCGAGGGUUCGCCGGCCCACGGGAGCACUCCUAGAGGAAAUUCCCAGAAUGCACCUGGAAGUGCGUGAAUGUGGCUUUUGGACCUGAGGAGAAUCAAAGGACUAUAUUUGAGAAAAUAAAUACAUAAAUUGCUAAAAGCCCACGGAGUGCUGAGGAAACUCCCAGUCACCAUACCUGCCUAGAACCUUAGCAGCCUGCCCCCCCCCCUAACCCCCACCCCCAACCACCCUCCCCAGAGCGCCAUCAGCUAAUCAGACGGCCCGCUCGGUGACACCGCCGACACCUUUGGAAUUCUCAGAGCAAAAGAGCGGCGGCCUCUUGGACUCAGCCAAUCAGAAAAGAGUGCAGGUCACAUGACCUGACCCGAGGGCCCGAGGAUGUCUCUGAGCAGUCGGGCCCGCCCUGACACUCAGACUCUUGUAUAUUUUAAUAAAAUGUGUGUGUGUGUGCGUGUGUGUGUGUGUGUGUGUGAGUGUAAUGGCUGUGACUGUGUUCUUUAGACCUGUCUUCAAAAUACCAAAACACAAAAUAGUGAGCAGAUAUCACAAAAAAAAAAAAAAAAUCCAAUAAAGUGAGAUUUUUCUAUGGCUAUCAACACUUAUAGAUGAUAUAUAAAAAAAAAUAUCCAGUUAAUAGAUGUAUUUGCUUUUAUUUUCUAUGAUUUUCUUCGAUUUUACCAGCUAAAGCCGCACCUGUGUUGCUAGCCCUUUUUCUACUUUUCACAUUUACAGUAGUACAAUCGACCUUUUAUAUUCAUUUAAUCCCACUGUUUUGUUUUUUUUUUUUCGGCCAGUCUGCCCCCACCCCACCACCCUAACCCCCCCCCCCCCCCCCUUUAAGGUGUUUGUAUAUUUUUAUAGCUUCUUGUUUGAUGCAGUAGUGUUGAAGUUUAGACCUCGUUUGUGGAAGUGUUGAGGUAGAGCCUUCUCUGAUCGCUUUUUUUUUUUUUUAAUUCCAAAUGUUUUUUUUUUUUUAAUGUGGCAAGGAGGGGCUUGCGGGCAAAAAAAAAAAAAAAAAAAGACAAAGCAAUGCAAAAGGAAGGACUGAGAGGAAAUUGCACACGAAAGAAAAAAUGGACGAUGAAGGAUCCAGAUGGACGUGAUGAAGAGCGACAGCCUCGGCACUAAAACGUAUUCCGGAGUUGAACUCAUUCAACACACACACACACACACGCGCGCGCACACACACAAUCACAUCACAGGUGGUACAUUUCAAACGUUCCCGUCUUGUUGUGUUACAUUAUUUGUACACACAGACCGACACACACACACACACACACACACACACACGCCUGUUAAUGACUGCAACACUGAUUGCAUUGAAACACACACACACAUCCCCGACAAUUCGUUUUUAAUGCGUGUGUGCGUACGUCGCGCGGCGCAAGUACCACGAGACACAUGAUGGCCAAUUGAGGCGCUAUUUGUUCACCUACUUAGCAGUAAAGUCCGUUUUGUGUUGCUGGGACAUGUUUGUGGCUUUUAUGUAAACGGGGGAUCGCACACGGACGUCGGACACACAACUCUGCAUUCGGAGGCGCCCGUUGGGUGCACACAUGCUUUUAGUAAAAUUGUUUUGUGUUGCGCAAACAUUUUGUGGCUUUUGUGUAAACUGGUUCCUGGUCUCACACACACACACACAUAUACGCGCACACACAGGCGUCAGCGUUUUUUUUUGUGUGAUCCUUCCUUAACUGUAUUUUGUAUCAGUACCUAACAUCAUCUACACAAUGUAUUAAGGUGUGCUUUAAUUGUCACAUUCGACCAUUGGUGGAGAUUUUUGUCGCCGCGGUUGCUUCUGGCCUAUAUUUGACGGUUUGAAAUUGAGUUGCAAAAAAUGACACACUGAGUAGUGGGGGAAAGAAAACUUGGGUGGGAUGGGGGUAGGAGGGGGGGGGGUGUGUUUGACUCUUUUGUACGACGACAAAGUUGUGUUUUGUUGUUUUUAUGUACACUGUUCCGUCUUUUUUGUCGAUCCGAACCCGCAAAGAGAGUAGUGCACACGCCCUCCGAGGCCGCAUUGGCAACUUGUGCAACGUGACUUGUUAUGUACAAAAAAAAAUAAAAAUGGUUGCAACUUCAACGGGGGGAGGGUUGGGGUGUGGGUGAGGAGUGGGGGCGGGGGGCUACACACAAAAUAACAAAGACUCUCACUGCCCCCCCCCCCCCCCCCGACACUUUUUGCGGCCCCUCGAGCAUCCUCCUCGGACUGCCAUGUUUUUUUUUUCAUGUUUUAACGUGGAUUUAAACAUGUCACCGUUUGUGUUUGACCUCCCUGGUGAAACAGAGUGUUGCCUGCAAGGCUUGGGGGGCGGGGGGGGGGCAUCACCAUCGGCUAGCAAAAGAGUGUGUGUUUGUAUCCCGCGGCCCCUCAAAUGUGACGUGUUGUAUUUGGGACGCCUCCAUGUGAGGUGUGUGUGCGUGCGUGUGUGUGUGUGUCAUCUCCUCCUCGCCCCCGCAUUGUUUCCUCAUCACAGCGACCCCCACAGUGAACCCGCUCCCCCCCCCCCAACUCACCUCUGAAGAGAGGAAAAGAUGAGUACAUUCCUGCUUUGGAGAAGGAAAAAAAAUCAGUUGAAUAAAAAACAAACAAACAAAUGUUUCAGCACCA